AUGACCACCACAGCUCCAGUUCGGAAGAAGACCCGUACCUCUUCGGCAUCCAAGGUCGACCUCAACCUCAUCAUACCUUCCUGUCAGAGGCGUUCUUGCACUACAACUAGGUCUCGUAGUACUAGUACGCCUGAGAAGACGUCUAGACGAGGUAGAAAGAAGACUGCUGCUGCUGGUGGUGGUGCUCCUCAUGCUUCGGGCAUGCCCGAGUUCGAGCGUAACGAGUACCGGAGGUUGGUCCAGCACAUGGUACGCAUGAACAAGGAGUUGGCUGCGCCUUUCAUGAAGCCUGUCCCCAAAUGGGUUCCUGGUUACUACGAGGUGAUCACUAUUCCAGUCGAUAUAUCGAUGAUACUCAAUCGGCUCGACUCUUGGUUUUACGCAUCCCGUGCUGAUUUCGAAGCCGACAUGAGGCAGAUGUUCGUCAACGCCUACACCUUCAAUCAGCCCGGGUCUCUUGAGUACGAGUACGCCCUCGAGCUCCACUCUAUCUUCAACACAAUGAUGUCGACUGCUCUUGACAAGGUAUUGCAGCACCUGGCGGAAGAGUACGAGAAGGAAGUGCGAUCCACCACGAGUAGUGGUCGGAAACGUAAGCGACGAUCGACGUGA